UCCGCUUCACUUGUGUUUUUUUCUAAUUUUACUGUCACCUAACAGAUAAUUUAGUGCAUAUUUUGUAUGCAACAGUUAUUUUGACUCAAUAUUGUGCUUUAUUAUGAACCAAUACAUUACAAAGAAAGCUUCAAGUGAUUCUAUUAACUAAAAUCAAUAACAAUCAGUGUCCAACAAAGUGACCAAGAUGAACUAUGAGGCGGAAAGGGCAAUGAAUCAAAAGCGGUUGCGGAUGGAGGGUGAACCGGGACACGGCGUUGUCCAAGGAAAUGGAUUGCCGCUUAAUUAUAUAGAUAAUGGUCACCAAAUACCUUACCAGCCGUAUGCCGGUGCGUACAAUACGCAUUAUCCGCCGCCAGAAGCGUUUGCCGCGUAUGGGCCUCCGCCCCCAGGGGGUUAUGCUCCACAAAACCUUUCGUACGCGCCACCAGCACAUCAAAAUUAUGCGCAUCAUCAGAGUUUCCCGCCACAACAACCGACCCAGGCACAGCUUCAUAUGGCACAAUCACAUAUGGUCCAAGGGUAUGGUGCCGAUGUUGGUGUACACAAACCAACAUGGCCGCCUCAACCACAUCUCUUACCACCACUUGAUACACAAAAGCCGCUUGAUAUAAAACACCUUAAGCCAGAAAUCAAAUUGGAACCAUCCGAUAUACAGAAACGACCUCAUCCAGAAGCUGAUAUGUUGGCGAGUGAUCUAGAACAGCCAAAAAUUAAGAUCAAGACAGAUAUAUUUAAGCCAGAUGAUCUGGCACACAGACCUGAAAUUGAUAAACCUCGGGAUGCGACAAUAAAGCCUCUGGAUAUUGGCAAAUCUCUAGAACCAUCUAAAGAAGACAUCCAAACAGGCCGACUAGAUGUGGAAAAACCAAUAGAACCAGGAAAGCCAGACGGUCUUUCAGAAAUAGCGAAAGACAUACGCCCCAACGACUCACUUUCUUCAGUAACACCCUCAGAUAAAAGUGAAGAGGAUAGGAAACCGUUCAGCAGUCCCGAGAGCGCGAAGUCCGGUAUGACUCCUGGAAAAAUUACGCCGGGGCUCGAGCCCAAGAAGCGUGGUCGGCCCAAGGGCUCCACCAACAAGCCCAAGGCGGCGACGCCGGCGCCCCCCCCGGCGCGCGGGCCGGCGCCCCCCCCGCGGCCCGCCGCCGUGGGCCGGCCGCGCGCCCCGGGCUACCAGUACGCCAUCCGGCCCUUCCGCAAGGACUUCUCGGGCAUCCAGUUCCGCAGGCGCUGGAGCGACGAGUGCCUGGACUCGUCGCACAUCCCCAACGAGGUGUACUUCGGCGACGUGCCCGUGCCGCUGUCCGUGCUGUAUAACUACUACGACGCCAACGCCGAGCGCGAGCGGCUGGCGGUGCAGGCGGCGCAGCUGGCGGCGCAGAAGGCGGCCGCGGCCAAGCUGGUGGCGGCGCGGCAGCAGGCGCGCGCGCCUCCCGGGGAGGUCACCACCGUGGACUCCUCCUCCAGCGACGACGACGAAGACGACGACGACAGCGCCGACGACGACAGCGACGACGAUAUGCCCUUGAAACGCGGUCCGGGUCGGCCGAAGGGCUCCAAGAACAGUAGUCCGCGUCCGGCCGGGUCCGGCACGGGUACUGGCCGUCGUGGCCGGCCGCCUGUUCCGCCGGAGCUGCGUCAGCCUGGCAUCACCGACAUGAGAAAAUUCUGCAAAGCCGCCGGAAUACGCUUCGACUAUAAGAAGCUCGUCGACGGUUGCACAAAAAAUAAGGAGCGUGUAGCGAAAAUGCUAGAGCUGCUAGUGAACGCCGGUCUCGAGGGGAAACCGACGAUAGAGAAGUGUAAAGCGCUGAAACAAGCUAAGAUGGAUAAGAAGGAGCAGGAGAAGAUGGCGAAGAAGGAGGCCAGGGCCAAGCACAAAGACGUCGAUGCGGGCUCGGGCUCGGAGGCGGGCGCGGGCGCGGGCGCGGGCGCGGGCGCGGGCUGCCGGCGCGUGACGCGCGGCGCCACGGGCGUGAAGCCGCGCCAGCGCAUCGUGAUCUCGUCGGACGAGGAGGACGGCACGCCGGCGGCGCGCCGCACGCUGUCCAAGCUGCGCUCCAGCGUCAACGACGACUCCGACUCCGACUAGGUGCGCGCCGCCGGCGGUGGAGUAUCGAGUGGACGAUGAAUCGCCGGUACUCGGUCCCGGCGGUGGCCGGCCGGACUCUGUCCGGAACCUCUAGAAAGUGCUUCGACGGAGGUUCGCGGAACUCUGAUGGCGUUGGCGGGUCGCCGCUUCGAUUCCUACUAAUUUUAGGUCUACAUCAAAAUUGACGUUAAAAGGGAUAAGUAAAAAAAACUUAUUUAAAAAUGAAAGUAGUAGUAAAGGCCAGAUAUAGACUUUUUUAGAUACAUUGUAUUAAUGUCUUGUCGAUACAGAAGUAUAGUUUUGUAUUUAUUGAAUAGGCUAGUUAUUAUCAGAAAAAUCAUAGCGCGAUUUAUUCCAUUUCAUUAUGAAUUGUAUGACUGGUAAACAAAUCCAAUAUUAUUAAAAUACGUACAAAUUAACUGACAUAAAAUUAUCAUCCCAUAUACAUCCUGCCCAUCGAAAUUUCACCUUCCACCUUCAAUUCGAUUUACAAUACUUGAUAAUUAAUACAUCGAAAAGUACAUCUCAUUAACUGAAUACUGAUAUUUGAUACAGUUUGCCAAAGUAGUUGACAUUUAUGAUUACAACUUAUUUCCUUAAAGCGAGAAGCUAUAUAACCUUCCUAAAUAAACAGGCGUAUGACCUUCCUAUAUAAUUCCUAAUAGUUGCGCGUCCAAACACACAAACUUUCCAGUUCUUGUAAUAUUAGUUUAGAUAUAAAAUUCGAUACAUUAUGUUGAAUUUCGAAAUUAAUUUUACACAACUUGGUUACAUUUUAUACAACUUGUAAUGAAAAGGAUAAUAGAUGUUUAUACAAUUGCGUUUUUGCAAUAGGUAUCAUAUUAUAUACAAUUGAUUAAAACUGAAUAUAUAUCAUUAUGUAGAUAUUUAGACUGAUUACAAAGCAAAUUGUUCUUUAAUGCAGGUUAUUAUAAAGACUAGAAUUCGAUUUGUUUAUGUGAUCAGAUUAUCAGGCAGCUUUGUCUAAUGUUUCGUGACUUUUAUAUUUUACUAAUACAUAUAUAGAUUAUAUAAAGGUAUUUAGUUAUAACGUCCAAAUUGUUUAUUGUUUUAUAAAUCAUUCAAAGUCAAUCCAAUUUGUUCAUUUGUAUUAAUUUUAUAUGUAAUUUGAAAUAUCGAUAUUAUAUGUAGAGGAUAUAUAGGGGGAUUAUAUUUAAUCGACCCAUUACACUGACCGUCCACUGGAUAUGCAAUGCUAUGCACAAAUAUCGCUCAAAUGUUUCUUAAUCAGGCAUUUUGUUAAUCUUCUUAAAAUUGCUUAAGGAUAUAAGAGUUACAUUACAUAACUUUUUUAAUACUAAACUUUUCUUGUUGAAAAUUUACAUUUAUUUAAAACAGUUUUUUUUUAUUGAAUUGAAACUAAAAGCAAUAAUUGUACAGUUUUGUAGAUAAUUAUCGUGAUUCAUUUAAAAAAAAUAAAUCAUGUAAAAGAAGAAUUAGCAUUAAUAAAUAAGAAUUUAUUUCAGCUAAAAUAUAAACUUAUAUUUCUCUCCAUAAAUGCCAAUUACAAACUUUGUUGCAAAACUUAUUUAUUUAUAUAUAAUUUUCAUCAUUUCAUAUAAUUAAGCAAAAUUAACAAGUGGUUAUUUUUCUGUUUUAAUGUAGAUUUUAUUUGUGCAGAUUACGCACAGAUUAUAUUAGGAUGUAUACGUUAUGCCAAGUGCUGCUGCUCGAUAAAUGAGCUGCGAAUAUUAUUUAAAACUGUCAAAUCUAUAUUAGAUUUACAAAUAAUUUAGUAAUCUGAAAGUAAUACGAAGAAAGAGAUAGCGAUUCCAUCAAAAGACGCGUGCGAGCGAGACGCAUUGAACGUGCCCAGAGUACGGUCAGUGUUUGUCAAAGUAGUGAUAAUGAACGAUGAAUGAACUGUAGGACAAAACCCCUCGCUCAUUUUUAUAUGUAGUUGUAGUAAUUGCUUUUGAAGGCAGACGGUAACGUUCAUUUGUGCCUGUAAUACAAUAACGGUUAUAUGUAACUCGGUAAGUGUGUGAUUAUACAUUAUUUUGGAUGUUCAUUUAAUAGCGGAAUAUAUGUUGUAUUUUGAGUGAAAAUUUUAUACUCUAGAUUAUAAUUGAGAGUAAUAUUAGUGAAUAUGAAAAGGUAACACCAAGACGUUAAAAUUAGUUAUUCUAGAUAUUGUAAAUAUUAUAAUUAAAAUGAAAAGUACUCAGUAAGCGAUGUGUGUAUUGUCCUUUAUUUUUGUACAGGAACGAGAAUGAAAUGUAACGCUCGGCUUUGUAAAUAUGCGCUCGUAACGACUGAAUGAUAUAUCGAAUGGUUGGGUGGUGACUUCUAUAUGAUUAACGUUUAGAGAGAUUCAUUGCGGAUUGGUUUUUAUUAUUGUAACGAUUUCAAAUGCCACAUUAUAACUGCUUCUUAUAAUCGAAUGUGAUAACAGAGUGGAAUCUCAUUGGCGUUCCAUAAACGACAGUUUGAAAAAAUAAUAAUAAUAUUUGCAAUACUGAAUUUAAAAGAAAUAUCAUCAACAUCAAGAUUUUUUGAAAUUAAAAAAAAAUUAAACAUUUUUGUACGUUAUAGUACUUUUUUUUUUAAUUCGACGAAAUAUAAAUGAAUCACAUAUAUAGAAAAUAUUUUGUUAUUUUGAAUGUAUUCAUUGAUUUAUUUUCAAUUUAUUUCUAGUUGUGACCGAAAAUUGAGACACUUAAUAAUCAGACGAAUAAUGAGUAACGUGCAUUUAUUAAUGUUAAAAAUUAUACUGCGCACGCGCACAAUAAAAAAAAUUCCUUUCUAGCAGCUACACUGAAACAGGAUUAACUAUUCCUUGCAAUUAAUAUUUUUUUAUAGAGAUAUUAUGUACGGUCGUGAAGUGAAACUGGCAUAGAGAUCACAAUAUCAUAAAUAUAUGAGACAUUUUGUAUAUAUAAAUAAGUUAUAUUACUAAGAUUUAUUAUAUAAAUACUAUAUGUACUUGUAAGAUAUUUAGAAGUGUUUGAUUUACCAUACAUAGUGGCGACCACUUUAACUUGGCCCGUCAUUGUGGAGUUAUCGAUAACUAUCAGGUGCCUUUUUAUAGUGGUCGGUUUAUAUUAGUCAACUAUAUAUUAUUAUUUUAAAUAUGAUAUUAGAGUAAGAAAAGAUGCUAUUCACCGA